AUUGCGUGUUUUCAAAGUACGUAUAUAGAUUAGAUUAAAAAGUGAAAAUUAUGAAACAAACAAGAACAUUAAGAUGAAAUAGAUGGUCGAGUUCUUGAUUUUUCAUCUGGUUUGUUCGACCUACAAAUCAAUUUUCGAUUCAAAUCGAUUUAGAGGUAGAAAACGAGAGAUAUUUGGAAAGAAAACGAGGAUAUAUUAGUAAAAGGAAAGGAAAGAAAAGAAGGCGAUUUUGGGUGGAAAAUGGAGAGAAAGAUAGAACAAAGUGGGGAACUUUGUAUGUCUUUCAAUUCAUCACAUGUGACCAAUCUCCACAAACGCCUUCAAAACCUCUAAUCAAACCUAAUGCCUUUACCCAUUGCCAUCGCCAUUUUUGGCAAAAAGAGCUGCAAUUUGUGCAAAUGAUACCCUUUGUUUUUGCCUAUUAAUUUCUCUGUUUGGUUUGCAUGUUUCUCCAAAUUCUCGUUUUGCACAUGCCCAUUUGCUUAGCCCUUCUUAAACGUGUAGAUAUUAUUUUAUAACUCUCUUAUUCUCUCUUCCUUGUUAUUAUUCCCUUGUGAUUUAUGCAUUACCCCCAAAUUAGGCACCUUCUCUUCUUCUUGCCUAAAUAAGCAUCUUCCUCUGUCUCUCCCCCUCUCUCUUAUAUAUAAAAGGUCUCAUUGGAGUUCUAGAGCUAAAGGGAUUGUGUAUUGGAGAUUGGGAAAUGGGAAGGGAGUUCAGUUUGGAGCUUGGGCUGUGGCCAUCUUCUUCUGUUUCAGAGCCAAACUUCCAAUUCUCUGCAAUUCCCUCCAUGAUGGCUAUGCCAUUUACUUUGAACCAACAGCAGCAGAUCAUGGUGUUCUAUAAUGGAACACUUUCCCUUUGUGACUUUACUGAGCUCCAGGCAAGGGCCAUACUAUGGGUAGCAAGCCGAGAGAGGAGUAGCAACAACUCGAGAUGGACCGACCGAGAAUCGUUGAGUCUGCUGCAAAUGCCAAAGAGUGGGAAUGGGAAUGGGAAUGCAAGUUUCCCCAUUAAGAAAUCUCUGCAGAGAUUCCUACAAAGGAGAAAAGCAAGAAGAAUUCGAUCAAUGUCUCCAUAUCACAAAUUGUAAUAACCAAACCGCUUACCUGAUUCAAGCAAAGUUCGAGCCUCCCAACAUCAUCAAACAAUCGAUCGAUCGAUCAAUCAAUCGAAAACUCUUCAUCUGUACUCUUAUUCUACUUACAUUCUUGUAUUGUUGAAUGGAAAUAAGCAAAAAAAAAGUACUACAAGAAAG